UGUCGCCGUUUUCAGGCAGCAACCCUUGUUCUUCUCGAGCGACCGUAUCCGCUCGGCGCUUACCCCAUCAGCGAUACGAAACUGUUCCUAUCUUAUCCUUCAUACUCGAUCAAGAAAGAGUCAAUUUUCAUUUCCAGAUUCUAUUUCUUCCCGAUUCCUCAAGCUUCGAUCCGAAGAAUCAAUGGAGCGAGACUUGUUAGAGUUUUUCGAAGCUGCGAAAAAAUCAGCAGAUGCCGCAGCUGCAGAAGAAGCUUCGUCCAAUGGACCUCAUGUCGAUAGAUGCCGCGAUGCGUUAAAGCAGCUCAAAGAAUUUCCUGUGUCCUAUGAUGUUCUUGUUGCAACCCAGGUGGCGAAAAAGCUUAGGCCUCUGACUAAACAUCCUAUAGAGGAAAUCCAAACAAGUGUCUCUUCUGUGCUUGAAGUUUGGAAGAAGAUAAUCAUCGACGAAACCAUGAGAAAGAAAAACAGCACCACCACCACCACCGGCGAAUCUACACAGCCAAAGAAGACAGUUGAAUCUACACAGCUAAAGAAAACCGUAGUUAAAGAAGUGAAUGUGAAGUCGCCAUCAGAUUCCAGUAAUUCAAGGAAACCCGCUGCGAUUAUUUCCCCAAAGGCUGAAAGACCGAACGUGAAAGCAGAGGAGAAACGCGAAGUUAGCAUGAAGAAACCGUUGCAUUCAAACGCUCCGCCGAAACUGACAUCAAUGAUCAAAUGCAACGAUCCGAUGCGCGACAAAAUGCGCGAACUCAUUCUCGAAGCUCUUGUGAAAGUCUCGAGCGAGGUCGAAGCCGACAGGAAGAACCAAGUGGACCAAAUCGAUCCGAUCCGCGUGUCUGUUAUGGUGGAAUCGGCUAUGUUUGAGAAAUUGGGUAAAUCGAAUGGAUCCCAGAAAGUGAAGUAUAGGUCUAUAAUGUUCAAUUUGAAGGAUCCAAAGAACCCGGAUUUGAGGAGGAAAGUUUUGCUGGGAGAAGUGAAACCGGAUAGGCUUAUCGAUAUGAGUCCCGAAGAAAUGGCUAGCGACGAGAGACAAAGGGAGACUAAGCAAAUAAAAGAUAAGGCCUUGUUCGAUUGCGAGCGUGGUCUUGCACAAGCUGCGAGUACGGAUCAGUUCAAGUGCGGGAGGUGCGGUCAGAGGAAGACGACUUAUUACCAAAUGCAAACAAGAAGUGCAGACGAGCCAAUGACGACUUACGUGACUUGUGUAAACUGCAAUAACCAUUGGAAGUUCUGCUAGUUGGAUUCAGAUUCAUAUCGACAUGGGUAUGUAUCCUUUUUUAUUUCUUAAUUGAGGGAUAUGUAUUAUGUCUUGUUGGAUUAGUGGGUUUGUUUAACAACCCUAGACUUUAUUUACUUACCAGAUUAAUGUAGGACUCCAUCCAGUGUUUGUUUGGUUCUAGUUUAGGUCAUCAUGUUGAGAUUCUCUCUUUCAUAUUUGUUUUAGCAUUUGAGAUACUUAUAUUGAUACUUUGAGUUUUAUUUGACAAUUGUUAUUUUCUUCUUUUUAGUAAA